AUGGCAGAUAACGAUACUCUCAAGGUGGCGCUCGUGACGUUGGCCGAGCAGCAUCUCAAAACCCUCCGCGACACCGUGCAGCACAUCCUCUCCACUCAUCGGGCCGAGUGCGUCUUUGCCCAGGUAGCUGAGGGGGUUUCGACACAAGAGACUGCUCAGUACAAGUUACAUGACUUGGACCCUCAAAUUAAAGAUAGAACCAAACCAGCCCUGGAAGCACUUGAUCUGGUCAAGAACUGGAGGUCCGAGUUUCACCUGGAGACGCUCGAAAUUGACGAAAAGGUGCUACAAGCAUAUAAAGACAGCCGGCCAGGGACAAAGGAGUUUAAAUUGCGACUGAUUGAAACCACCGCUGUCGUUAUCCAUUCCCUUGCAGCGCUUCUAUUCGAACAUACAAACGAGCAGCCGUACAAAUGUCCCGAGCCAGAGCGGAAGAUUGUCAUAGUGGAUGGCCUACCAGAAGUAACCGAUGAGAUAAUUGGUGAUCCUAUUCCAACGUAUCUGUAUCACGACGACUAUCUCGACCACGACCUGUAUCCGAUGGGCGUUGCGGAUGUCGUGGCCUACUGGGCGGAAACCCACCUAUUUGGCGGCGUCGUUGUUUUUGAUCACGGCGAGUCCGACACAGAAUUCCUCGACGUUUUCCUGCAUCCAGACUGCAGCUUCAAGGCCUUCAAGCUGUCGGACGCCCAAGUAGACCAAUUUGUUAGCUUUGGGCUGUACGGAGAACCAGCGGUACCCUCGCCAUUUCCCAUCAAACCAGGCCGUGAUGCGGUCAGGCUUUUACCCGAGUUUACCAUGCAGAAGAAUAUAUACCGUACUAAGAGCGACCGGAGGAUCCCCGAGCUACCAUCUGGCUGGCAUCCGGUGGGGCGAUUGGAAGAUGAUCCUCAGAUGAUGGAGUUUAUGGACAAGUACAAAAACGGCGAUUGGACGUAUGGCUACAAUGAGAUAUAG